GGGGAGAGUGAGGGAGCACACACAAGCAGGCAGAGAGGCAGGCCGAGGCCGAGAGAGAAGCCGAUUCCCUGCGGAGCAAGGAGCCUGCUGCGGGGCUGUCCCGGGAUGCUGGGAUCCCGGCCUGAGCCGAAGGCGGCGGCUUAACCCACGGAGCCACCUGGGCGUCCCUCAGAACUUUCAUAUGCUAACGACGACCUGCGGUACCGGAGGCCUUGCCUUUGUCAGGGGAAGCCAAGUACCCGGCCAUCAAGGCCCUGAUGCGGCCGGACCCCCGCCUCAAGUGGACGGUGCUGGGGCUGGUGCUGGUGCAGCUGCUGGCCUGCCGCCUGGUGCGGGGCCUGGCGUGGCGCUGGCUGUUCUUCUGGGCCUACGCCUUCGGUGGCUGCGUGAACCACUCGCUGACGCUGGCCAUCCACGACCUGUCGCACAACGCGGCCUUCGGCUCGGGCCGCGCAGCGCACAACCGCUGGCUCGCCGUCUUCGCCAACCUGCCCGUGGGCGUGCCCUACGCCGCGUCCUUCAAGAAGUACCACGUGGACCACCACCGCUACCUGGGCGGCGACGGGCUGGAUGUGGACGUGCCCACGCGCCUGGAGGGCUGGCUCUUCUGCACGCCGGCCCGCAAGCUGCUGUGGCUGGCGCUGCAGCCCUUCUUCUACUCGCUGCGGCCGCUGUGCGUGCACCCCAAGGCCGUGACCCGCAUGGAGGUGCUCAACGCCCUGGUGCAGCUGGCCGCCGACGCCGCCCUCUUCGCCCUGUGGGGGCUCAAGCCCGUGGUCUACCUGCUGGCCAGCUCCCUGCUGGGGCUCGGCCUGCACCCCAUCUCCGGCCACUUCGUGGCCGAGCACUACAUGUUCCUCAAGGGCCACGAGACCUACUCCUACUACGGGCCGCUCAACUGCAUCACCUUCAAUGUGGGCUACCACGUGGAGCACCACGACUUCCCCAGCAUCCCGGGCUGCAACCUGCCCCUGGUGCGGAAGAUCGCCCCCGAGUACUACGACCACCUGCCGCAGCACCACUCGUGGGUGAAGGUGCUCUGGGAUUUUGUGUUCGAGGACUCCCUGGGGCCCUACGCCCGGGUGAAGCGGGUGUGCAAGCUGGCUGAGGACCGUCUGUGAGACCUGCUGGCGGCCACCGCCCCGCACCCUCGCUCCCCUGCCGAGGACCUGACUCUCCUUGCCCUCCCCCCGCCAAGCUUGGCGCCCAAAACUGGUUUGGCUGCAUUUGGUUCUCACGCCCUGGCUGUGCUCUGUGUCCCAGAGCCCGAGACCACGUCUGGCCACAGCGGGCACAGACUGCAGCCUGGGGAGCUCCCCACCCCCGGCCAGGCCCACCCCGGGCCUCAGGGAGAGCGGCCUGGCCCUGCCCUGGGUGCUCCGGGCCGUGGUCUCUCUGGGGCCGCUUUCUCGGGGGUUUCCGGGCCCCACAUUGAUUCAGUGUUGGUUUCCACACCCGCACAUGUGCGUCCCAGCAGCGGGCAAGGGCCCAGCCUGGCCUCAGAAGGGACCGGCCCAGCCCAGCCCAGCAGGCCGCCUUCCCCACCAGCCCAGGUUACAGUCCCUCUGUUCCCCCCACUCUGUGUGCUUGUGGG